AUGAUGGCGAUGCAGCGUCCCCUCUGGGAACGUUUGUAUCGCAUCGUCUUGCUUUGCUGCGUACGAGCUGCCGAUUUGGAGACCUCUGGCCAAGACGAUGCAUCCUCUGAGCAGAUGCGCGCCAACAUUCUCAAGGAAGUGCAAAUCAUGCGAAACCUCAAGCACGAAGGCAUCGUCGACCUUCUCUCGUUUUCCGAGUCUCGCGAACACUACUUUUUGGUGCUCGAGCUCAUGGAAGGCGGCGAACUGUUCCACCAGAUCGUCAAGCUUACCUACUUCAGCGAGGCCCUGUCGCGCCAUGUCAUUUUGCAGGUGGCUCACGCCAUCCGAUACUUGCACGAGGAGCGUGGUGUGGUGCACCGAGACAUCAAGCCCGAAAACUUGCUGUUCGAGUCGAUCAAGAUCAUCCCGUCCAAGCAGCCGAUCCAGCGUCCCUACGACGAGGAGAAGGAAGACGAGGGCGAGUUUAUGCCUGGCAUCGGCGGUGGUGGAAUCGGCCGCGUCAAGCUCGCCGACUUUGGUCUCAGCAAGGUCGUCUGGGAGGAGAGCACCAUGACGCCAUGCGGUACUGUCGGGUACACGGCUCCCGAGAUCGUCAAAGACGAGCGAUACUCCAAGUCGGUCGACAUGUGGGCGCUCGGAUGUGUGCUCUACACACUUCUGUGCGGUUUCCCUCCCUUCUACGACGAGUCGAUCUCGGUGCUCACGGAGAAGGUCGCCAAGGGCUACUACACUUUCUUGAGUCCAUGGUGGGACGACAUUAGCGCUUCGGCCAAGGACCUGAUCACGCACUUGCUCUGUGUCGAUCCUCGAGAGCGCUACACGAUUGACGAGUUCCUGCGUCACCCGUGGUGCAACGUCAAGGACCCCAUCCCCGACCUCAACUCGGCCGACAUUGCGCUGGCCAAGGCAUCCGAGAUGCCGCUGGAUUCGCCGUUGCUGGCGGCCAUGAAGACGGGCAAUGCGGCUCGCAGCGCCAUGAUGUCGCCGGGUAUCAACCGACUCAAGGAGGCCUUCGAUGUGACGUACGCGGUGCAUCGCAUGGAGGAAGAGGGCGCGCGCAAGCGUGCUGGCGGCAACAAUCCGCUCGGAGAACUCAACGAGGAGGACGAGAGCGACGAGGCGGACGAGGCGCGACGCAAGUACGGCGAUGCAGCGGGUCAGGCUGUGGAGAGCCAGCGCGGUGCUCGCAAUCACAACACUGCGGCUGCGGCAACGCGGACACAGGCGACGACACAACGCCAGACGCAGACGCAGCCACAGCAGCAGACGCAGCAGUACCAGGGUCGAGGUGGAGCGGAUCGUCGGUUGGCCGAGGCAGCGCUUUACGAAGGGCGUGCAGGACAACGCGACCGCGGCCAGAACUCAAACCGCAAGCGCGGAUUCGAGCUCAACAUGGGCAACGCCACGCUGCUGGGUCGCAGGAACAAGGCGGGCGGUGCAGGCACCCCACGCCUCGACAACUUUGGCAAUCCCAUCGUGGACGGUGCCCAUGCAGCUGGAAUCGUCCCCGGCAGCCCGAUGCGUGUCGACUGA